UCGGCGAACAACGACACACAGUCGGACACACCAGACCAAAUCCAGACAACAACCCAACACCACCAACGACACGACGACGCGUGUCCUGUCAACAAGAGCGAUGGCCAGCACAGACCCGAUUGUGCUUGAUGCAGAUGAGGAGGAAGAGCAAGAGGAAGAGUGCUGUUUGGUCUCCUCGCAGGAACUCCCACCAAAACGCCGCGCACGGCCAGCAUCGGAGCUCAGCGACAGCGCAGGCUCUGCGGUCAUGGACAUUUGCAGUCAAGAGGAUGAAGACGAUGUCUGCUACAUGGGCAGCACCGACAACAGCCGUAGCAGCGUCGGCGUUGCUGGUGGCCGCUGGAGGCCGGUUUCCUCCGACACCAAGAGGAUAAGGAUGAGGUCGCAUGCGCCACAGAGCGGGCGACGAAGAAAGGGUGGUGGCGGCAGUGGUGGUGACUUGGCCGCAAGUCCGCGCACCCCGCGGCGUGUUCGUUCGGCGCAGGCCUGCAGACCCUCCGUCGCCGACACAGCGCCCGUGGUUCUCGACGACUUUUGUGAUGAUCAUAGUGGUGGCGAUGGCGGUGUGAGCGGUGUGAGGGGUGCUGCUUUUGAUGGCAGGAUGCAUGUGCGUGGACAGCGAUCGACCGCCAACAGCGUCGCGGCUGAUGUUGCUGUCGCUGAUGACGACGAUGAUGACGAUGACGUUGUCGUGUUGGACACGGUAAGCAGCAGUCCAAAGCGAGAACGGCACGUCAGGGCAAGCAGGAAGAGCACAUCACGAAAACCAACAACCAUGCGUGGCAUCAGCAACAACAGCAGCAGCAACAGCAACAGCAGCAGCGCGACCAGCAGCGCCGUGACUCGUGAAGAGCAAGAGCGAAGCGAUCGGGCGUUUGCCGAGCAGCUGCAACAGGAUGAGCAGCGCGACCGUGAGCUUGCCGAACAACUACAGCGGGAGGAGCAGGAGAAGCUGCUGGCAUUCCCCGGGGGCUGGAUGGACGCGUGGAGUGGUGGUGGCGGGCUGCACGGCGGGCCUGUGGAGCUGUUGGACGGCAACGAGGCCAUGCGUGCGUGGCCCGGGUACCAGGGCCCAACAGGGAUGGGUGGACCCGAUCCACAGACGGCACAGCUCAUGCACGACAUGCAGGCGCGGUUUGCUGCCCCUUCAUCCUCAUCAUCAGUUGCGCGGCGACAUUUGGGGUCGGUGCCAUCCACACGCUACUCGUCAUCGUCGUCGCCCGCGUUUGCGCCCGGCGCUGGGCUGCCGCCCUUCUCUUCCAUGGUGGGCAUCAUGCCAUCAUCCUCAUCAUCAGCAUCCCACUACCAUCUCCGCGGAACAUCAGGCGGCGGCGGCAGCAGCAGCAGCAGCAGCAGAAGUAGAGGUGGUCGAGGAACAAGGCGGAGUGGUGGUGAUGGUCGAGCGAGGGUUCGCCGUGGCGGCAUCAGCGGCCACGGAGGAGCGAUGCAUCAUCAUGGGUUUAUGUCACCGAUGGCGCCGUGGAUGACGAACCAGGCACAGGCGCUGGCGCAGGCGCAGGCCUCGUUGGGGAUUGACUUUGACAACCUGCGGUCCGAUGGGUCUGACUAUGAGCGACUGCUUGCGCUGGACGACCGCAUUGAGAAGAAAGGCCUCUCUGCUCGGCAGCGGGAGGAAUUGACGCUGACGCAGACGCUUGGCCCCGAGGAUGCGAAGUGGCAUGCACAGCGAGGGGACAGGUGUGCCAUUUGUUUGGGGGAUUAUGAGGAAGGUGAAAGUGUGCGCGUGUUGCCAUGCUUGUGUCGGUUUCACACGGCGUGUGUUGAUCAUCACUUUGACACGAGCAUCAAGUGCCCCGUCUGCCAAGCAGAGAUGACCACCGCACAUGCCUCUUCUUGACAUGUGUGUUUGUGUGUUCGUGUGUGUGUGUGUGUGUGAGUAUGUAUGUGUUCGUGUGUGAGAGAGAGUGUGUGAAUGUGUUCGUGUGUGUGUGUGUUUUUGUGUUUGUGUGUAUGUAUGUGUAUGUUUGUUUUGUGUGUGUGCAUGCGUGUAUGCG